CAUUACACAAAUCUUGGGUUGCUAACACUGUUUCACUCAGCUGUCCCAUUCUUCCGCCCCGUUUCUCUUUUUCUCUCUCACCAACCAUAGCCUAAUCUCACUCCCUCAGCACUUGCUUUUUCCUUCUUCCUUUCUUUAAAAAUGCCAAUCAACAGAGACCCUUCUAGUCCCCCGCCUAUGAUCGGCAAGAUCGGUCCCUACACUGUCUUCGUUACCCCACCUUCUACCCCUACCCCCACUGAACCUCCUGUUUUUCAGUCUCCUCAGAAGGCGGUCGCGCCUCCUGCUCCUGCUCCUCCUCCGGUCCGACCGCCGCCUCAACAGUUUGAUAAGUCUUUUGUUGCGUCCGAUUCUGAUGGCUCCAUUCUGGGUUUUUUCAGGAAUGCUGCAUUUAAAGUCCAAAAUGCUCAUUCAAGCUUGGAUGACCAUUUAGCUCGCUGGUUUGGCUUAAAUCAGUCCAAGUAUCAGUGGGCACUGGACGAUUAUUACGAGAGCAAGGGAUUUGAAAAGGAAGGUGUAAAAGUGAAAGAAAUAUCAAGCAAAAUGCAAAGUGUGUAGCAUGCUUUUUGUGCUGGUAAUGAGAUAUUUGAAGUCCCUCUUUUAUCUUCCUCUGUUUCUGUUUCCCCCUUCUAAUGUUAUUAUUAUGUAUCUAAUGAGAAUGUUUUAAUCACGGUGCAUAUUGUUAUUCUGCUGAACUUGCACCGAGAAUGGUUGUUGUGUAUCCUUUUUGUAUUAUAUCUAUAUAUACUUUACGUAUGGAAUGGCCAAAAGACAUUUGGAUUCCUGAAGCGAUCUUUGUUGGCAUCUUUGGACUGUUGAUCAGAGAAGCUAACUGAGCUUGUUUGUGUACUAGGAUAGGGGUCAUGUUGUGUCCUCACAAUGUCAAUUUCUAGCGUUGAGAUCAUUAUCAACUGUCGAGGACAUGCUCUUAUGUAUUGUAUUCUUAUUUUAUUAAAAGCAGUAAUUUUUAGCA